CAGAGCAGGACCACUUGGCAAGCUGCCACGUGUCCCACACAACUCCAGUGCCACAAUCCAUCCAUUCCCUGCUCCCACAUCAGCUGGAGAUGUGACUUCCCCUGUUUAAUCAGACGUACUUUAUAGCCAAAGGGAGCUCUCUCUACAUCCCUGGCCAGCCCAGUCAACAUGCAGCUGAGGCUGGAAGUCUGGCUCCAGGAGGAGUGGAAGGGAGCAGCAAUGUGGAUUAAGGAUGUUCCAUUGCUCCUGUGCGGGAAUGAGGAAGCCCGGGUGGAUGGGGAUUGAGACCAUUCCUGAAAGGUGCAUCCAGACCUACAGGUUGGAGGUAUUGCUGUCCCUCCUCCAAUGACAGGCACUGCAGGCCAAGGGAAAAAUCAUCCCCCGAGAAGGCCAAAAGGGAAGCCAAGUUCCUCCCGUCCUAUUCCAUUCUGUUGAGUCACCAAGCCUGUGGUUUUGCAGUUGCAAAACAACUCCCUAUUUCACAAGGCAGAAGGAAGACAUUUCCCCACCAAGUGACCGGAACUAAGAAAGCGAAACAGAAAGUCCUGAGGGCUUUUCUCCCGGGGUCUACAGGAUCCUAAGACCAAGUCAUCACGGGGGGCCAGACCCAGGCAUGUGACUAGGACAUUGUGGUUCCAGUUCAACCAUCCCAGCCCUGCAUUUGUGUUUGCAGAAACCCAAGCUGUGCGACAGAAGGUGGGUUGUGGCAACGAGGUCAUAUCAGGAGCCACAAGAAGCCACCCAGCUGCUCAGUGCCUCCUAGCCAGCACCGUCCUCUGAAGAAGCCCUGCUGAGUCGAGUACUGAGAGAGCCAAGAGGAAUACAAUGCUGCCUGUGACCCACGUGUUGGCCUUCGGUGAGUGCCAGAGGCUGUGCAGGCUCCCAGAGGGUGGCAGGAGGCAUCCAGAGACUUCACAUAGAUGUUACACAGCUUCUUCUCUUGCAGGUGCUUGGCUGGUGGCACAGAGCAAGGCUACACCAAGUGAGUAUCUUGAGGAGGUAGUUGGGGAGUUUGGACUCAUCUCUGGUCCCCACCCAUCUCCCAGGGCACUUCUGCAGCCCCAUGGAACAAAACUCACCCUUGUGUGGAGACUGCGCACAGAGGCAGCCCCAGGCUCAUGUCAGGGCAGCUGCUGGGGGCUCCCUGUCUGUCUGGCAGCAUCUCUCUCUCCCUGUGCAGAUGCUCCAACAAUCUCCAUCUUCCUGAAGCCACCUGGGGUGAUCCCACCAGGAGGCUCCACCACCAUCUGCUGCAGCUGCCAGCAUGGCAAUGGGAACUUCAUGCUGUACAAGGAUGGCCACCAGCUCCGUACCCUGGAGCAGAGUGGCAGCAGGGCUGAGUUCUCCAUCUCUAAUGCCACCUACAAGGACACAGGUACCUACAACUGCCAUUACCUGGAGGGAGGCACUGUGCUGGCUCGCAGCGAUGGCCUGGAUGUCGUGGUGACAGGGAUCCGUCUCCCUGGACCCGACCUCUCUGUCCUGCCUGGGCAUGAGGUGACUGCAGGAACUCAUGUGAUAUUCCGUUGCACCCCCCCACACCGCAGUACUGGCUGUUUCCUGUACCUGGAGGGCCAGAUCCGAGCCCAAGUACUCUCAAGGGAACAAGAUGACUACAACUUCUCCCAUGUGCAGGAAGGUGAGGGGGGCCGCUACAGCUGCCAGUGUUUCACCAAGAAUGCUUCGAUAGAAUGGUCUGCUGUCAGCAAGACCCUGGAUUUGGUGGUGAGAGAUUACACGUUGUGCAACGCAGUGCGCCUGGCACUGGGGGCCGGGCUGCUGGUCCUGCUGGGGCUCAUUACGGCUGAAGCCACGCGAGGUCGCUGCUGCCGGGGCGGGAGGGCCCACCCUCUCCCCGCAGGCAGCGCUCCCCUGACUGCGACCAGUGUGGGAACACCGGGAUUCCCUUCCCGCGCCUCGCGGUGGGAUAAAUAAACCGUUCCUGUCGCUG